UUAUCAAAGAUGUUCAUGAAGACUCGCUUACAGUUGUAUUUGAAAACAAUUGGCAACCAGAGCGCCAGGUACCCUUUAAUGAAGUCAGAUUACCACCACCCCCUGAUAUCAAGAAAGAAAUUGGUGAAGGAGAUGAAGUGGAGGUUUAUUCUAGAGCAAAUGACCAAGAACCUUGUGGCUGGUGGCUGGCAAAAGUUCGAAUGAUGAAAGGAGAGUUUUAUGUCAUUGAAUAUGCUGCUUGUGAUGCCACUUACAAUGAAAUUGUCACUUACGAACGACUCCGACCUGUGAAUCAAAAUAAAACUGUCAAAAAGAACACCUUUUUCAAGUGUACAGUGGAUGUUCCUGAAGAUCUGAGAGAUGCGUGUGCUAAUGAAAAUGCACAUAAAGAUUUCAAGAAAGCUGUGGGAGCGUGUCGAAUUUUUUAUCAUGCUGAAACUGCUCAACUAAUAAUACUGUCUGCCAGUGAAGCAACAGUGAAGAGAGUGAAUAUACUAAGUGACAUGCAUCUGCGCAGCAUUCGUACAAAACUUAUGCUUAUGUCAAGGAACGAAGAAGCUACAAAACACUUAGAAUGCACAAAACAGCUUGCUGCAGCAUUUCAUGAGGAAUUUGUAGUCAGAGAAGAUUUAAUGGGACUUGCUAUAGGAACGCAUGGCAGUAACAUACAGCAAGCCAGAAAAGUUCCAGGAGUUACUGCCAUUGAACUUGAGGAGGAUACUGGUACUUUCAGAAUCUAUGGAGAGACUGCUGAUGCAGUGAAAAAGGCUAGAAGUUACUUGGAAUUUGUGGAGGAUUUUAUUCAAGUUCCCAGAAAUCUUGUUGGAAAAGUUAUUGGAAAAAAUGGAAAAGUGAUUCAGGAGAUUGUAGACAAGUCUGGAGUCGUCAGGGUGAGAAUUGAAGGAGAUAAUGAAAAUAAACUGCCCCGUGAAGAUGGAAUGGUGCCAUUUGUAUUUGUUGGUACUAAAGAAAGCAUUGGAAAUGUCCAAGUUCUUUUAGAAUACCACAUUGCAUAUCUAAAGGAGGUAGAACAACUAAGACUGGAAAGGCUCCAGAUUGAUGAACAAUUGCGUCAGAUUGGUAUGGGUUUCAGACCUUCUUCUGUUAGAGUUCCUGAAAAAGAAAAGGGUUAUACAACUGAUGAGAGCACCCUCUCCUCAGUGCAAGGUUCCAGAUCCUACAGCGGAAGAGGGAGAGGCCGCAGAGGCCCCAAUUACACAUCUGGUUAUG